UCUAUCUUUUAUAGUUGGAAUGAUCGCGUUCCAAAAUCUAAUCAGUUAACGACGUACCUCCUGCCCCACCGCGGAGAACUACUACGGUUCCUUCGAUAGCCGAGGCGGCAUUGUCUGGAUCACGUCUUAUCCUCCCCGAGUCCUCUCACCGCGCGCCAUCGAUAUCCGUCCGUACCUUGUCUCUCUUUUUCCCUCUUUCCUCACCCGACCAUGGACUUCACGCGUAUCAUUAUCCUACUCACCUUCUGGUUCCUUUUCCGUCUCAUCAAAAGCCGCUUCUUCCCCGAUAAACCCAUCAUGGCUCACGGCAAAGUCAUCGAGGUUGACAACCCGGUCAUCUUCAAGGCCCUGACCUCGUCCGGCCCGGUCGUGGUCGACUUCUUCGCGACCUGGUGCGGUCCCUGCAAGGCCGUUGCCCCUCAGAUCGGCAAGCUGAGCGAGACCUACACCAACGUGCGGUUCAUCCAGGUCGAUGUCGACAAGGUGCGCUCCGUGGCGCAGGAGCUGCAGGUCCGCGCCAUGCCGACUUUCGUUCUGUACAAGGAUGGCAAGUUGCUGGACAAGCGCGUGGUGGGUGGCAAUGUGCGGGAGUUGGAGGAGGCUAUCAAGAGCAUUGCUUAGAUGUUCGUGGUGUUAGGGUUUCUCGGAGCCGUAGUGAG